AUGAGCAACAAGGGGGCUUCACUGCAAGGUUUGUUGCUGGUCGCUCUUCUGGUGUCCAACAUGCUCCUGACAAAGGAAGGAGUGACCUCCUUGCCAAUCUGCCCCAAUGGAUCUGUCAAUUGCCAAGUUUCCCUUGGGGAACUUUUUGACCGAGCAGUUAAACUUUCACACUACAUCCACUUCCUCUCUUCAGAAAUAUUCAAUGAAUUUGACGAACGCUACGCUCAGGGCCGGGGUUUUAUUACAAAAGCUGUUAAUGGGUGCCACACUUCCUCCUUAACCACUCCUGAAGAUAAGGAACAAGCUCAGCAGAUUCAUCAUGAAGACUUACUGAAUUUAGUACUGGGAGUGCUGCGCUCCUGGAAUGAUCCCCUGAUCCAUCUGGCCUCUGAAGUACAAAGAAUCAAAGAAGCUCCAGACACCAUCCUCUGGAAGGCUGUAGAGAUUGAAGAACAAAACAAGCGGCUUCUAGAAGGAAUGGAGAAAAUAGUUGGGCGGGUUCAUUCCGGUGAGACUGGAAAUGAAAUUUACUCUCAGUGGGAAGGCCUUCCAUCCUUGCAACUCCCUGAUGAGGACUCCAGACUCUUUGCCUUUUACAAUCUGCUGCAUUGCCUCCGCCGAGAUUCCCACAAAAUUGACAACUAUCUCAAGCUUCUGAAGUGCCGCCUAAUCCAUGAUAGCAAUUGUUAA